ACCAGGCUAGUUGGACAUUUAAUCCAGUACAAGAAGAAAACAUCUACACAAAGCGUUCGUCCUUCGUGCGAACCACUUGUCUGUUAAAGGAACUACAGGUUCAAAUAGUCACGCAGUUAGGACACGGAGGCUGCGUAAGACAGAACAUAUCAAGAUGAAGUUUUUAUAUCUAGUCAGUGCUGUUGUUCUACAUUGCAGCUGGAGUUACGGAUCUCCAAGCCCCGACGGUGUAGGUGUAUUUGCGUAUCAAGAUUCAACUGGUCGCAGGUACGAAUGCGUAUAUAAACCAAACAUCAACGAGGCCGACGACUCGUCAGAGUCAUCGAACGUAAACAAAAUAAACGAAGUUUUACCAUUUGACACCAACUGGCCGGAUGUUAUAUAUGAUAACAUAGAAAAUCAACAGCGGGCCGCAUUCGAAGCUGCACAAAACACAUACGGCGCCUUUAAUAAUUUUCCUUUCAUUCCCAAUUUCGACUUUAGGUAUCCACCGUACGGUCAUUUCAACUACUUUGGGCCCAGUUAUCGUGCACCGUUUGACAUGUCCGGAUCAAACAGCGCAUUUGCAGCUGCGGCCGUAGGACCCGGCUUCAGGCAUCAAGUGGCUGCCAUCAAUCCAGGGAAUCCACAAAUGCCCAACGUGGACACUACGAUAAAUAGACAGCCUCAAAACAGACAAGGACAAGGUUUCUACAGCGUGUCCAGUUCAUCGUACGCGUCGUCAUUGAACAACAACGGUGUUCCACAGAACCAGCGCGGUGCGGAGACCGUCGUCAACGACAAUGGCAGAAUUACCAAAUACGCUGUACAUAAUUAAAAAAAUAUAUUAUAAGAUCCCCUAUCCCUUACAAUAACCUACAUCCAUUUUGUCCCAUUCCUUUUUCAUUCCUAAUUUUAUUAUCGUCUUUUACAUUUAUCAUAAAAUGUUUAUCGUAUCUCAUAUUAUACAUACUGCAGUACUGUAUAUUAUAUAAUUUAAAAAGUUAUAAAUAAGUAAAUUA